UGUUUCUAUUCAAGCCCUCAGUCUAUUUGAUAUGUGAAUAAUAAAAAGAAAUUUUUUUUUAAAAUGCCACUUGUAAGACAGAGAUCAAAUUCAUUUCCAUUUAUCUGUGCUCGUUUUACCUUCCAGGGACUAGAAAAACGGAAGAGGGAGAAACUACAAGCAGAAAUUGAAGCUAAAGAGGCCUGCAAAUGGCUGCGUUAUACAGGAUUUCCCCAGUAUGCUCAGAUGUUUCAAGAUGGUCAGUUUCCUAUCAACACAGAAUCAGUCCAUAAUGACCAUGACUUCCUUGAUACAGAUUCUCUACAGGCCCUCAACAGACGUCUGGAUAUUCUUAACAGAUGUUCUAAAGUCCAGAUAGAUACAACCAGAAGUAAAACUGGUGAUGAUUCUGAUGAAGAGGAGCAAUGUGCACUCAGUGACAAAUGGAAGUAUCAGAGGAGCAGUCGGCGAUGGUCUCGCAUGGGUCUGCAACUGUACCAGAAGCGUCCAUCUGAUGCUGUGCCACCCAUGUCUCCUGUUAAAAGCAGUAGCAGUCACAACAGCUUGCUAACUGACCAAGAUAGUUAUAGCCAUCUAGAAAACAGUUUGGUAAUCUCAGCACCUACUGAUCAUGACACUAAACAGAUUGCUGUAGCAUCAUUAGACUUCUCAGAAUCUUCAUAUUCCUCUACUGAACCUGAAGGUGAUAAAAUACUCACAGAACUACAGGCUGCAAAGCUGCCGAUAGUUGGGCAGGCACUCCUGAGCCCUAAGCUAGGCCGAGCCUCAAGCUUUCGGCCAGCAAGAAUUAUAACAAGUCGUUUUGGGACCAAGAAAAAUGGUGGGAGCAUGCGCAGUAAGAAGCAGAUGGACUGCUUGCAGAUCAGUGGGCCAAUUGUUAUGGAGACAGACAACAUGAAAGAGACAAUUCGUCGUCUGAAUUGUAUUGAUUUAGAUAAGAACAACAAACACAUGAUGACACGGUCAAAUUCCACUGUUUGCUCAUCUUCUGCGUGUACCUCACAAAUGGACUUUUCUUCAGCCAGUAGCCCUGAUCUUCAUCUACAUACAACAACUGCACAAUCAAAACAGAAAUCAGAACUGUUUCAGCCGCAGACCCUGGACAGCUAUUCUGAUAAUCAUUCCAUUUCAAAAAAUGCUGUAAAAAAUAACAACUCCAACAAUUUGACUGAAGUUUAUAUGUUGCCUUCUGACUACAAACCAGGAAGCUUUCCGAAAGUUAUAAACAAUGGCUACAUUGAAACUGGAGAAGGUCAUGGAAUAAAUUUUAGGACAGGAAGCUUCAGUUUAGGACAUGAUUCCAAACAGGACAGCUCAAAAUAUUUGUGUGCAGGUUCACAAAAUGACCGAUCUAAACGUGUUAGUAUUUAUGAUAAUGUUCCAUUGGAAGAAUCUGUUGAGGCAGAAUUAGAUGAAAUUGUUCGAAAUUUAUAUGAAAAUAUCACUGGAUUUACAAAAUAUGUCGGAUCUGAAAAUUCAUUUGAUUUGGAAACAGAAAUCUCUCUAUUAAAAGAUUUGAAGAGCCUAGACAAUAUUGAAGACCCCGUAGAAAAUGUACAAGCAGAAAUUGAUAGGCAGCUACUUCAAGAAGAUAAACCAAAUGUGUUGACUGUAGAAAGUGAUGCUAAAGAAAGUUCCAAAGUUAUGAAUACUGGGUUGACAAGUUCAAGUGACAGUGAUGUGGAGAUCGAACCUGUCAUAUCCAGAGAAAGGCUUGAUUCAGGAGUUGGUUCUUCAUUGACCAGGCCAUCUAGUUUAAAGAAACAUAACAGAAUUCGCUGGUAUAGCUUCCAGAAAAGCCACCGACCAAGUUUCAGCAGUAAUUCCACACAGAUUUGUACACUGUCUGUAAGACAAAUCCAUAAACUUCAAAGUGUGUGCAUGUUAACAAUAACAACCCUCAUGGAGAAAUUCUCACCAGCAAACCGGUCUGGAUGGAAUUGGACAGUAUCACGUUUCAUCAAAAAAGUCAAAGAACCUGACUACAAAGACAAGAAAGUUUUUGGGGUUCCUCUAAUUGAAACACUGCGCAGAUCUGGCCAGCCAGUUCCCCAGUGUAUAUUGUAUGCCAUGAAAUAUCUUAGGAGUACUGCAAAAGAUGCUGAUGGAAUUUUCCGUAGAUCUGGUGUUAAAUCAAGAAUACAGAACAUCCGAGAGCAAAUUGAACUUAAUACCGAUAUGGUUGCUUUUACCAGUUUGCAAUCUUAUGAUGUUGCUGACCUCACAAAGCAAUAUUUCCGUGAACUACCAGAAUGUUUAUUAACUAAUAAACUAUCAGAAACAUUUAUUGGGAUUUUUACACAUUUUCCCAAAGAACAUUGGUUGGAAGCAGUGAAUGCGACCAUAAUUCUAAUGCCUGAUGAAAACCGAGAAGUCUUACAGUCACUUCUACUCUUUCUCCAUGAUAUUUCAAAAACCGCUGACCACCACAAGGCCACCACCAUCCACACAUUCCAGAUGAUGGGUCAACAAACACACUGUGUGUUGUAUGUACCAAGAAGUACAACAAAUUCAAGUCAAAAACCCCGGUGUUCCUUACAAGGAUUAUCCAGUCAAAGCAAUCAAAUCAGCCGUCUGUUGCCAAGAAUGCAAGAUUCAUCUCUGUGUCAAAAGAAGAUCAACAUGCUGGACUGAUUGGCAGACCAAGGUG